AUGAACCCUUCUUUCGCUACGAUUGCCACCGCGCCUCCCCUCACCAGGACUGUCAUGCUCAAACACCUUCGUCGCGGCCUCCUCUACCGUGCGCAGAGCCCCCCACCGUUACAAGCCUCAGUCGCGUCUCGCUUUCUAGCAACCAUCGGGCCAAACCCAUUGCGAAUCGCGUCAUCUUCACCUCCAUUGCGAACACCUAGCCGUGGUGCCUCUUUUCCUCGUCGCCACCGCACCACGAGGCGCCUUAGGGUCAUUCACAAACUAGUCAUUCAUCUUCAACCUCUACCUUGCAUCGCAGCCCCCAAAUCGCUGCACCCAUCUCCGCAUUGCAAGCUCGCUGCCAGCCAUUCUAAGGUUGUUCGAAGCAGAUUUGGUUUUGGAUCUAAACUGAAUUCUUAUUGGAGUCAGACUGCACUAUUAGAUUGGAGUCAGACUGCACUAUUAGAUUGGGUUUGUAUGAUUAAUGCUGCUAUUGGAGUGAAAUGGUAUUUCUAG